AUGAAGAUGGUUUGCAAACAGAUCACCAAUGUUGGCGGCCAGAAGAACUCGAAAACAUAUUACGCGAAAGAGACGAAAUUUCAACCUCGAGGUUUUGCAAAUUCGGGCUCAUCCAUGAUCAAGAAAUACCUUCAGAAUUCGGAGCAUUGGGGGCUGGGCUUGACUCAGAUCCUUGAUGAGGGUCCUGCUGCAGUCGCUACAAAACUUUUCAGAAGGAGCCGUGACAAAUUCACAAGCAUUCCUUUCGAAGACUUUGUACGGAAAGCUUCUGGCAACGACUCUGACUGCAUUAGGUCUUUUCUCUGGAAAUACAGCCUUCUCAGUGUCAAGCUUUAUUCCGAUUUACUGAAGGCACCGAAACAUUGCGAUAUAUUAUUGCAGUUGAAAACGGAAUUGGAGGAAAUGCAAUCGGACCCCUUCAUACUUGUCACAAUCGAGCAUACCUGGCAAAACCUACUCAUACAACAGCGACGACAACCGCGUGCUUUUAUACCACCCAAGGCGAUGAAGGGAUUGUCACAAAAGCUUGACAAAUCACUGGACCGUGUCAUCAUUAAUCCCUUGCAGCAGCUUCUCAAAAGGCCAGCAACUGCCCGCCAUAUACUGGAGGAAUUGGAAGUCUUAAAACACCGCUUUUGUGACUACUACAAAAACUCUGACGUGGACUGGAACCUUGCAUUCGAUACAAACAUCUGGUUUUUAGACCACAUUAGAUGCGAACAACAAAUUUCUACUCUCGCCGAGGCCAUAACGAAGGAAGACCACGCUUUGUUCUCCGGAUAUAUCACGCUUGCGUUCAGCAAGAAUGAGAAUCAAUCAAGAGAGCAAAGACAAGCGCAAUCUUUAUUGAACAGAAGGUGGAAUGACUUCAGUAAUGGAGUCAAGUAUUGUAUGGCAGCCGGGAUCGAUGUGGCUUUGCAAGUUGAUCUUCUUGCUGAGGCCUUUUAUCGUCGUCGCAAUUACUAUUCUCUGACAGCCAUCGCUCAGGGUGUUAUUAAUGUGAGCGGGCUCGCGACAGACACACUAAGGAAAUUCGGCAAUCUUGUCAAUCCAGAGGGCUGCUACAAGUACUAUCGACAACACAUAAGCGUGAGAACAUGCGCGCUACAUUUUCUUUCGCCCGCAAUUUUCUACUGGGCUCGAGGCGAUACCAGAUGGGCGCAGAAUGUUGUAUCGGCAUCAGCGUCCUAUACUUUGACAGGCCCACGUCCGGGCCCUGAGAUGAAGUUCAGUCCAUUGGACCUCAUGUACGCGGUGAGGGAAAAUGGUUCCUCUCACCAACAUGGGACUACACCUUGCCAGUUUCUUUUUGUCGAAGCUUUUCUUGUCUGUUUUGGGCUUAGAUAG